AAAUAGCGUACGUCAUUGCCAACAGAUUCAUAUUUCCAUCGCAUAUUCGUUGCUGAGAAAAAUCGUCGGUUUUAGCGACGUAACAUAUUGCAAAUAAGUGUGAAAUAUUGUGAUAAACUUCCUUUUAGCUUUAGUUAAACUAGUUCAAUUUUAAUAAAUUCAAAAUGUUUAUCUUGGAUUGGUUCACUGGCGUCCUUGGAUUUCUUGGUUUGUGGAAGAAGUCAGGCAAGCUACUGUUCCUGGGACUGGACAAUGCGGGGAAGACCACACUCCUGCACAUGCUGAAGGAUGACAGACUUGCGCAGCAUGUACCCACAUUGCACCCUACGUCGGAAGAGCUGUCAAUAGGCAGUAUGCGUUUCACAACGUUCGACUUGGGCGGGCAUCAGCAAGCUCGGCGCGUGUGGCGCGACUACUUCCCGGCGGUGGACGCGAUCGUGUUCCUGGUGGACGCGUGCGACCGCCCGCGCCUGCCCGAGUCCAAGGCCGAGCUGGACUCACUGCUGACCGACGAGACCCUCAGCAACUGCCCCGUGCUCAUCCUCGGCAACAAGAUCGACAAACCUGGCGCGGCUAGCGAGGAUGAACUCCGCCAGUUCUUCAACCUUUACCAACAGACCACUGGAAAGGGCAAAGUAUCCAGAUCAGAGUUGCCCGGGCGGCCCCUGGAGCUGUUCAUGUGCUCCGUACUGAAGCGCCAGGGCUACGGCGAGGGUUUCCGCUGGCUGGCGCAGUACAUCGACUGAACAGCGCGGCGACUCGCACGCCGCCGCCACUCGGCUCGCUUAUACUCGCGUAUGCUUCCCAUAUAAAUGUCAAAACGUAGCUGCCCAACUGCAUUCAUGUUACAAUGUUCGAUUAGCUCAUAAAACAAACUGUUUCAGAAAUGGACUGACAAUUAUUAUGUAAAUAUUUUGGUCAUUCGUAAGAAAUAUGUAAAGUUUUUAAUUUCAUACAAAAUAGGACCUAGUAUACUACUUUACAAUAAUGACGAUUAUAUUUUGAAUUACUUUAAUACAUUAAUAUGCAACGAGUGGCUACGUUCUUAGAUGUAUAUAUGCCCGAAAUGCGCCCGUAUGAAAGCAGCCUAACAAUCGCUCACUAGUAAUGCUUUAUAUCAAUAUUUGUAAUGUCUCAGUAUCGAGAAUCGAUACUUACGAUUCCUUUUAAUAAUUAGGGUCGCAUAUAUUAAUUAAAUAAUUAUUCUGCCCGUUUUUCUAGGUUAAGUAACUAAUUCGGCAGCAAGGAUUACAAAGAGGAGCAGUCCUCUCGAAUGCGCGGCGAGGUUAACGUAACCGCCGCUUCGGUGUAGAACUCGAGUACUUAGUUACUUCCAAUACUUGUUAUAAAGUACAAAAUGUAAGUAAUUGGCGAGUCGGUGGCCCGCCGAGCAUUACUAGUUAGCGAUGUAUUAUGUAAUGCGGUUCUUAAAUAUCUCGGCUACGAAUAGCUGCUAGCUAUAAUGUUCAGUGAUUUUUGUUUGGCUGUAAAAUACUGAAACUACAAAAGUAAUUUUUUCGUAAGUCUAAAUGAUAACAAUGGGUUUGUUUGAACUUCUUUAGGUUUGUGAAACCGUAUAAAUUUGCGUCUUUAAAUAAGGUAACGGUGCGAAGCAUGGUAUUUUUGGUAUUAUGUAUCAGUUUAUUGCCAAAUAUCUACAAUUAUUUUACAGUCGCGAUGUUCUCUUCACAGCUUUAUUGCCUCUUACGUCCUACGAUUACUUAUAUAGUGUUACAGAUAUAUUCUCCGUCUCAACUUCGAGUCAGAGUGUCGUGAAAUACAAAUUUAAUUUAAAUAUUUAUUUUUUAUUCUCAUUCCAACUUGAGUGAUAAUUAUGACUCGAUUAUUAUGUAUUUAUCAAGUAAAGCUCAUUGUGUUGUAUGUGUUUAAUAUGACGAAUGUGUUAUAAAUAUUUUUUGUAAAUUAUUUCAAUCAUUGGGAUUUUCGGAAUGUUUAAGAGACAUUGUAAAGAAACGGCUAGUCUACAUUAGUGGUAGAGUAGUCUUACAAUGAAUUUUAAUACUUACUCAGAUAAGGUGAUAGUAUACAAUUAUCUUCCAUUAAAUACUAAUUGAAUUGACGGUGCCGCAAAACAUACCCUAAAACAGUAUUGAAUAGCUUCAGUUUGUUUUCAAGCACAAUCAAUUUGAUCAUUAUCAACAAAUGUUUUGUUCAGAUCAUAUUUUUAGUAACCAUCACAAUUAAAAAUAUAUUGUUUUGAUGGUUUUCGGAUGUGUUUUUAGUCAAUUCACGUAAAGUACGAAACACGCUUGUUCAAGUGCGUCGGUGAUCGCCUCGAUAGACAGGCCGUUUCCAAUCAUUACUUUGUUGCGAUCAACGUGUGCUGGCCCUCCAGCUUUACUUAGACAAUGUUCUUUGGUAUAUUAUUUGCAGUUUAAGUAAAAAAAAAGUUUGUAAUAAAAUUUAUAUGAAAUAA